AUGCUUAUGAGGGCGAUUGAGAAGAACCAACAGGCCUCCAGAAACAUGCGGGUUGAGCUAUACGAUAGAGGGAACACAGAGUUUAUUGUGGACGAGAUUGCUCCGACGGGAGGGAUAAUCGCUCUGACUGCAUGUAGGGUAUCGCUUUCGGCCCGGACAUGUGACUGUGGCUAUUUUCAGGCCCUCCAUUACCCAUGUCGUCAUGUGCUUGCAGCUUGUUCGUAUUGCAGACUGGAUUGGAGGACUUACGUGGAUGACGUGUAUCGCUUGACAACCAUCUUCAAUGUUUAUAAGAUGGGUUUCUCCCCUCCGAUGGCAGACGACUUGCUUCCCUUGUACGAGGGUCCUCAAGUUAUCCCAGACCCCGGCAUGAUGCGAGCGACCGUGGGUCGUCCUAGAACUACACGGAUAAGAAACAGUAUGGAUGAGCCCAAACUGGACAGGACGAAGAGAUGUGGUAUGUGUAGGGUUCCAGGUCAUACUAGGAGACAGUGUCCCCUUCGCGCAGGUGCAUCCGGUCCUCAUGAAGGGAGUAAUGCGUAG